AAGGUAGGUGGAUGGAAAUAUAGACAGGAACAUAGGUAGAUAUGUAGGAUGUAGAUUUUACGCCUUGUAACCAAACUCAUAUAUUGUACACCUCACCCGGUCCCCUUUUCCCAUGUUUAUAUACUGUCUGCUCUGAUCGGUGUCCAUCUGCCUUGUUUUGACCGUCUGCCAACAGCUGUGCCCGCACCCAAACAGUGUGUUUGGUUCUGGACUGUAAAUCUAAGCUCAAGCACAAUGCAUUCUCACCCUCCUGAACUCCAAUAUCAGCAGAGCCUCUGUAAGAGAAACUGUCAGUGAUGCAAAAAUACUAAGCUCUCCAUUGUGAGGGAUAACAACUUUUAGCGCAUAGGGCAUAUAUAUCAGACAGUCCAAAAUGUUUCUUCUGGUUGCCCUUGUUCUCAUACAGUACCAGUGGAUAGUGAAGCAAUGUCACAGUAUUCAGGGAAGAUAGUGUUUUACGAGGGGAAAUGUUUCACAGGCAGAAGGCUGGAAGUGUUUGGAGAUUGUGAUAACUUUGAGGACCGUGGCUUCAUGAACAGGGCGAACUCUGUGCGUGUGGAGAGCGGGGCCUGGGUGUGUUUCGACCAUCCGGAUUUUAAGGGACAACAGUACAUGCUAGAAAGAGGAGAGUAUCCUAACUACCAAUGUUGGAACGGCCACAAUGAUCACAUGGGCUCCUGCAAGCCAAUCAAAAUGCAUGGAGAACAUUACAGGAUGGAGCUGUUUGAAGGUCAAAACUUCACUGGUCAGUGUGUCGAACUGUGUGAAGACUGUCCCUUCCUCCCGAGCACUGGAUUUGGCAAGAACUGCAUCAACUCCAUUAAAGUCUAUGGAGAUGGCGCAUGGGUCAUGUAUGAGGAGUCAAACUAUCGUGGACGCAUGUACAUUGUGGAGAGAGGAAACUACGGCUCAUUUUUGGAAUGGCAAGCUGAAAAUCCAAAUAUUCAGUCCAUCCGCCGGGUGAUCAACUAUUUCUAAAUGCCAAUUAGAUGAACAGCUUCACUUUUAAUAACACAAUAGCUCAAAACACUGUAGUAUAUUAACUAUCUGAAAUAGCUUAAUAUAUUGAUAAACAUUCAUUUGUAUAAAUUGAUUGCAUGUAAUAUUUUUUACCCCUGUGAACAUUUCAGUAAUUUCAGAUUUGGAUUUUAAAAUAAAGUACAAUUAGUACAAACUA